AUGACUGCACAGAAAAAACACAUUGAACAGAUACGUAGAGAAAAGUACUCCAUUGGAGGCAACGCAAACCCUUUGACUAAGGACCUUCACCAAGCUGUCAUGAAUCUCUCAAAUGAACUGUAUACUAGAGAUGUUCACUUCCUCAUGGAACUCAUUCAGAAUGCAGAAGAUAACCACUAUAGUGAAGGAGUGAAUCCAACAUUGGAGUUCAUCAUAACUUCAAAGGACAUAACCGCUACUGGUGCUCCAGCCACUUUGCUUAUUUUCAACAAUGAAAAUGGUUUUUCUCGCCAAAACAUUGAAUCUAUCUGCAGUGUUGGACAAUCAACAAAAAAAGGCAAUAGGAACAGAGGUUACAUAGGCGAAAAAGGAAUUGGUUUCAAGAGUGUGUUUCUGGUGACUGCUCAGCCUUAUAUUUUUAGCAACGGGUAUCAGAUAAGGUUCAACGAGAAGCCUUGUCCAAAUUGCAAAAUUGGAUAUAUAGUUCCUGAAUGGGUUGACGAAAAACCAACUCUUUCUGAUAUAAAGCAGGUAUAUUGUGCUGAUAAAGAUUCUCUUCCAGCUACCACAAUUAUUUUGCCUCUGAAGCCGGACAAGAUCGACCCUGUGAGAGAGCAGCUCUCGAGUAUUCACCCGGAAGUUAUACUGUUCCUUUCAAAAAUCAAACACCUUUCCGUCAAAGAAGAUAACGAGAAUCCCAAAAAGAACACUGUAACUGCUGUGUCUAUUUCAAGCAAGGUCAAUUUUGUGACAAGGAAAAACAUGAAUGCUGAGUCGUACACACUCAAUCUAUCUGCGGGGGAAAAUCGUAGUAAUGAAAAGGAAUGCAGCUACUUUAUGUGGAAACAAAAGUUUCCUGUCAAGUUGGAAAAUGUGGUGGAAAGGAGAAUGGAUGUGGAAGAGUGUGUUGUGACCUUGGCCUUCCCACAACAGGAGAGGGUUCACAAGGGUAAGAAGACCCGGAAGGUUAAGGUCUUACCAGGGGUUUAUGCGUUUCUUCCUACACAGAUGGUUACUAAUUUGCCCUUCAUUAUUCAAGCAGAUUUUGUCCUUGCCUCGUCAAGGGAGACAAUUGUCUUGGGUAAUAAGUGGAAUCAAGGGAUACUUGAAUAUGUUCCAUCAGCUUUUGUAAAUGCAUUCAAAACACUUGUCACGGGAUUAGAUGAAUAUCCAGUAUCCAGUUUGCCUGAUAUGUUCAGGUUUCUUCCAAUUAAUAGUACUCCUUUUGAGGACUUCAAUCAUGUGAUUGAGAAAAUCAAAGAAAAACUGGCUGAAGAAAAAAUCGUUCCUAUUGAGACAUUCACAGAUAAGACGCACUUCUAUAAGCCAAGUGAAGUUAGCAGGCUACUGCCUAGCUUUUGGAGUAUUUUGACAAUGGCCCAAAAGGAAGGAGUGUACUUGCGUGACCUAUUUUCUCAUGAAGGGAUGAAAAUCUUGAGUUCUUCAUUUGAUAAAGGCAUGUAUGAUACAAUACUGCAAUUUUUAGGCCUCAAACUUGUGAAGUUUGAUUGGUAUGCAAAUUGUAUACAGAGUUCUAAUCUUUUGGAUGGAUUAUCAGAAAAGCUAUAUGUUCAGCUUUUACUCUUUGUAGCUAAAAAUAAAACGAAGCGCUGCAACAUCGAUAAUAUUCCAUUGAUUAAAUAUGUGGCUUCGGAUGGGUUUCCGUAUUUUUUCACUAUUGAAGAAUGCAAACAGCAGGGUGCAGGUUCCAAGCGAGUAGUACUAGCUGCAGACUUAAGUCAGACUUCUUGGUUGAUCGAUUGGAACAAAGCAUUGGGAUGUUCUGCUAACCAUUUUUUUAUGCCAGAAAGCACACAGCAAGCUAUCUCGAAAUUGUCCUUAAAGAAGUCGGAUUUGUACUCAAAGAAGACUUUGUUGGAUUGGCUAGAAAAGGAGGUUGAAAUUCAUACUCAUAAUGUGUACAAUUUUGCAAAAGUCCUCUCUAGUUUUGUUGAAAAAAACAGCAAGCUUUCCAUUCCAUAUGCUCAUUUCUUAUACCACUCUUUAUCAAAGGGUUAUUUGUCAAGUCAGGAGGUUGAUGAUUUAUGUAGUUCUAUGCCACUCGUGGACAGGCAAGGGCGUAGAACUAAAACCAGACAAGGGGUUCUUCUGCCUGCUAACGUCAGCAAAUGGGCAAACUUAAUGGUUUCUAAUCCAUGGAAAAAUGAAAAUUAUGUUGAGCUAGGAAAGGGGUACCUAAAUGCAUCUUCUUAUGCCGGCCAAACUACAGAUUCUUGGGGUCUUAUUGAAUUCCUCAAAACGCAUGCCGGGGCUUCUGACAUACCUUAUUUAUCUCCUCCAAAUGCUGGAUUUUCAGCUGCAGAUACACCACUUACCAAAGACAAUGCCUUUUUGCUUUUGGAUUGGAUUCGGGAUCUAAAGCACAAGGGAGUGCAACUACCAGAGAAGUUCUUGGAAUGCAUAAAAGAAGGCAACUGGCUUAAAGUUUCAGGCAGUAGAUACAUAUCUCCUUCAAAGUCAUUCUUAAUUGGUUCAUCAUUGGGAAAUUUUUUGCAAAAUAAAUCAGUUCUUAUAACCAUUCCCCUGAUUGAUGAGAGUUUCUAUGGGGAAAGAAUAUAUGAGUACAAACCGGAGUUGGAAACAAUUGGAGUGAUGUUCAAUUGUGAGGAAGCAUGUGGAUUCAUCGGAAAAGAACUAAUGUCUUUUGCAGCUUCUUUUUCUUUAAGCAGGAAUGAUAUUUUUGUCAUGCUUAAAUUCAUAAAAUAUCACAGAGAAAGUCUUCUUCCUUUGGAUAAAUAUCUCGACAGCAUCAGAAAGGAAAGUUGGCUAAAGACAUCUUGUGGUCUCAGGUCUCCUGUGGGAUCGGUGUUAAAUGAUUCAGGAUGGCAAGUUGCAUCACAAAUUAGUGAUAUCCCUCUCAUUGAUGAUGCUUAUUUUGGUGAGGAAAUAUAUAAUUACAAAGAGGAGCUCAAGUUGCUUGGAGUGAUAGUGGAAUUAAGUGGAAACUACCAAGUUGUCGUAGAGCAUUUAAAAUCACCUUCAAAUUUGACCGUCUUGACAGCCGAAACUGUUCAUUUGAUGAUGGAAUGCAUCAGACACGUGAAUGCCCCUGCUCGUAUUAAACUCUUAAAGUCGCUUCAGGGAAUGAGCUGCUUGAAGACAAACAUGGGUUUCAAAACACCAGGUGAAUGUUUCUUGUCUGACCCGGUGUGGGGCUGCAUAUUGGAGGUAUUCUAUUGUCUUCCUGUUAUUGAUCAUACAUUUUAUGGGGAGAAGAUUUUCUCUUACAAACAUGAAUUGAGGCAAAUCGGGGUGGUGGUUGAUUUUGUAUAUGCUAUCAAAAAGUUUGCUUGUAUCUUCGAAGACAAGGCAUCGGAUACUUCUUUUAACCAACAGCAUGUUAUGUCCUUUCUCACUUGUUGCAGACAGCUGAAGGGAACCGAAUAUAGUUUUCCUUCUGAUUUCUCAAUCAUCAUACAUAAAAUGAAGUGGUUGCAAACUAAUGAUGGUGGUUUCAGGUGCCCAAAAAAAUGCAUUUUAUAUGGUCCAGAGUGGGAGUCUAUAUCUUCUAUAACUAGUCUCCCCUUCAUUGAUGCGGGACUACAAGAAUACAAGGAAGAGCUGAAGAGCAUCGAUGUUGUUACUGAACUGAAAGAUGGAUUGGAGUUUGUGGCUGAAUGUCUGAAUUUUCCUUCGGAUCCCUCCACCAUUAGUCCUGAAAGUGUGUUUUCUUUACUAGAGUGCAUCCAGCUUCUAAUGCAAGAUAGCAAGUUUACAAUAGAAGGUGAUUUCAGAAAAAGAUUGUCUGAGAAUUGGUUGAAGACACAUGUUGGUUAUAGGCCUCCAGAGAAGUGUUUGUUUUUUGAUUCAAAGUGGAGUUCUGUCUUGAAUCUAACUGAUGGGCCUUUUAUUGAUGAGAAUUUUUAUGGGCCUAAAAUUGCAUCUUUCGAGAAAGAACUCAAUGCAAUAGGGGUCAUUAAUGAAGUUGAGAAGGGGUGCUCCUUGCUUGCCAGUCACAUUGAGUCUCUCUCUGAUCAUGAUACUAUUGUGAAAAUAUACAAGUACUUAGAUAUUCACAACUGGAAAGCUGAGGAGAAAGAAGCAAGAAAGAUUUGGAUUCUGGAUGGAAACAAAGGUGGUAAGUGGGUUGAUUCUAAAGAAUGCAUAGUACAUGACCCUGCUAAACUUUUUGGUUCAAAAUUUUAUGUUCUAGAAGAUAUCUAUGAUGACAGUAGUAUUCUUAUAUUUUUCUGCUUUUCAAUGGAUGUCAAGAAUAAACCUUCUGUAGAAGAUUAUGUUGAACUUUGGAAUGAUUGGGGGAGGUCAAUAGAGCAAUUGCCAUAUGAUGCUUGUUGCAAGUUCUGGACAUCUAUCUCGAAACAUUUGAGUACAAAUCAAGAGAAAAAACUUGCAAAGAGUUUGAUGAAACUACCAACAACAUCCGGAAAUGAUGAAAUAUUUCUUGUAGACAAAGAAGAUGCUUUUAUUCCGGAUAAUAUUCAUAUAAAGAAACUUUUUGAAAGAGAGAAAGUUUUUGUAUGGUAUCCUCAGUAUAACACGACACAAUUGUCCAAGUCUGAACUAUCUGACAUUUACAGAAAAAUGGGUGUUAGAAAUAUCUCUGAAUCACUACGCAAAGAAGAAUCAUCCUCAGUGAAUGAUGGUGGUGAACUAAACUACGUCGAUCCAAACAGCAUUUUCAACUUGAAGGGGUUGGUCAAGCUUGUUCUAGGUUUUCUUGCAUGUGCUGCUAGCCUGAAAAUGGAACCAAAAACGAGACAUGAAGCUGUUCAAAGACUUAUCAACUCGAGUUUCCACGAGGCAAAGGAACCAAUCAAUGUAAGCUAUAGUUUAUCAUUAUCAUCGGGGGACACCAUUACCAAGAAAGCAAACAAAAGGGCGCGUUGGGAAAGUCAAAAUUGCAAGUUUAUCAUCCAUAAGAUGGAAGCUGUUCCUGGUGAAGCAUUGAAAUGUGCUACAAGUUUCUCUGAAGCAGUAUCUGAAGGAAUUUUGCGUGAGAAUCAGGAUCAUGUCCCUGCACUCUUUGAACUAAUCUCAUUGGGUUUUGUCCUGAAAUUUAAGAAUGAAGAAAUUGAUUUUCUUAUGGAUUCUAAGAAUCUGCACCUUGACCCUGAGGAUGAGGAGUUCCUCAGUUCUGCCUUCCCUUAUGACUAA